AUGAACCGACGGAAUAACGAUAACUGGACGAUCGUUGGAAGCUACAACACUGGUGUUGGAAAUAUAGAGAUCAUUGAAGUUAAAACAUCGGUGUUGGUAGUAAAGUGUGUUAAAGAUUGCAACCGUUUAAAUUGCUGUUCUUACCACCAUAAGAACACUCAGCACAUCUCAAUCACAACCACACCAUACCACAUCAACUCAUCCUUACUUCGGAAAUGCAGAAAUAAAACUAAUGUACAUUUGUUUUGCAAGCUGGAGCUUGAAAGAAUUGGGAACUUGCAGACGCACGGUGUGCGAUUAAAAAUCGUUUCGCGCUUAAGAAAGUUAUAGAUGAAUUAUUAAUAAAACACAGAGGGUUUCUUUAAAACUUGAUGAUUAUUUCACUAACGAUGAACUUGGUGACUAUUGAAAUGUGGGCGUUAGGUAGAAUCCAACGGUUUGGUUUUUCAACUUUUAGUUUGGUUUAGAAAACUAACAUUUAAAAUAUUAACAACUUAAUAAUAAUAAUGGAAAUGAAAAAUUAUUAUGACCAUCAUGACGAGAGUGCAAUCACGGAAACGCAACAGCAGCGGCAGUAAAAAGAUUCAGAGGACGGCAAGAGUGGAGAGGAAAGAUGAUGGAUCGUCAGGAGCCAGCAUGUGGCUGCCUUGGAAGAAGGGUUCAUUCGUGAUCUUCAUGUUAGUUUUAUGAACGUAAUCGCUGUACAUUCUGUUGCUGUUCAUGUGGAUUUGUUUAACAAACUCUUUGUAUCUUCUGUAUUUUUCCUUGCUCACGCGCCACCUCGUAUCACGAUCCGAAACAACGUUGUUGUUGGGGUUGUUUUUGUUGUUGCUGCUGUUGUUUUUGUUGUUGCAACUGCUUAUAAUAUUUUCUCUCCUCUGAUUAGUGUUCUUCACGCUGUCGUUCGUUCCACUGUUGAAAUUUCCAAUUCGAGGGUCAACCAGCUGAUGACAGCCUUUAUUUUUAACACUUUUUUGUUGAUUAAUGUUGUUGUCGUUGCAAUAAAUGAUGUUGUUGUUGAUGUUCCUAACGUUGACGAUGUUGAUGCAUUUUCUGGAACCGUUGGUUGGGUACUGAGCGCGUUUCAAGUUGUUGGUGAGAGUAUUUUGAAUAAUGUUGUAAUUAUUGAUGUUAUCAAUUUUUAUGAAUAUUUUCCCACAAUCAUCUGGCUUGCAGUUGCGACGAAAUUCAUCAACAUUUUUCGCACGCUUCUCAAAUCCUGGUGGAUGAUGUCGAAGUCGAGCUUCUUCUCGUAGUCUUGAGAUUUUGUUCAGACAAUCCGACGGUUCAUUGCAGGUUUUGUUGACUUGGUUUUUCUUGGAUGUUUGAAAUGUUGAUCCGUUCACGUACGAAAUCUCGGUCAUUGUUGUCAACGUUGAUUCAUAGGCUUGCCGCUUUCUCGCCAAAAACUUUUUGAAACUGUUGCAAUGUUUACGAAGUAACAAUCGCUGUUGUUGCUGCUGUUGCUGCUGCUGCUGUCGGUGCUUUCGAAGCAGCUGAAACUCUUUUUGAUGUUGCAUCGAUGGUCGCUUCAAGCGUUUAAAAUUGUUGGCUGUUUCUGCGGCUUCGAGGCUGCUUUGUUUCCUGGCUGCAUCCUUGUUGUUGUUGUUGUUGCUGCUGCUGUCCAUUCCAUCUGCAUCGCUGUUGUUUCUCUUCUUGCUGAUGUUUUUAUGAACACUACUGCAUGGCGUGACUAUGAAGAGACUGUUGUUUGGGGUGUUGUUUUUGAUGUAGUUG